CCUUUCUGAACCAGUUGGCAACUGCCGUUGCCCAGCUGGCCAAAGCUACGUCCUCGAGCGGUGCAGGCUCGAGCCAGUGGAAGGAGACAAAAUACGUAAAGUCGCCGGACCUCUUUAGUCCGAAAACGCUUGAGGAGGAGACCUCUCAGUGGGGGGAUUGGUCCUUCCACUUCCGCAAUUUCAUGACGAUUCAGGACUCAGGCUACCGACAGGACUUUGAAAAAUGCGAAUCCGCGAGUGGCUUUAUCAGCUUUACCGACUAUGCCGUUGACGUCAAAGAAAGAGCUCUUCGGCUCUACUCCGUCCUCGCUAGUUACCUCAGAGGCCGCCCGCUGAAGCUCCUGCGGGCAAACAAGAAUGGAGAUGGCUAUGCCGUGUGGAGGCAGCUUUGUGACGAGCUCCAGCCGCGCUCACGCCCUCGUGCGUUGGCGCUUGCACAGGCGUUGUCUCGCUUCCCUCCACACCGAGAGGGAAGCUCCUUGCUGGAGUAUAUCCUCAGCUAUGAGCGUUUGAUCUCGGAGUACGAAUCGGUGUCGACCGAGAAGUACCAGGAGGAUUUGAAGAUCUCCACUCUCUUGGCAGGGCUCGCUCCUGAAGUCAAGCGCUACAUGUACCUUCAAGUCAAUGACUCGACGACUUAUUUGGGCCUACGAGACAAGCUGUUGCAGUACGAAAGAACUUCAUCUACCUGGACGGCAGAGAACAUGCUGAAGUCGCUUGGUGGUGGCUACAACGCGGACGCCAUGGAUGUGGACCGGGUGGCAGAUGGCAAAGGAAAAGGAAAGAAAGGCGACAAAGGAGCUAAAGGAAAGGGAGGCAAGGGCGACUAUGGCAAGAAAGGCGACUACGGCAAGAAGGGCUACAACAACAAGGGUUGGAACCAAGACGGUGGCAAAGGCUAUGGCAAGGGCCCACCAAAAGGUGGGAAAGGCAAGAAGGGAGAUGGAAAGAAAGGCUCUCAAAAGAGCCAGGUGACUCAAGAUGAUGACACCGCUUCUGUGCAGACGAGGGCAACUACCUCUUCUACAACGACAGCAAGCACUACCGCCCCUUCGGCCAAAUCGCAAGUUCGGCGGGUUCAUGUUGUGGACCUCGAGCAGCUCGAUGAGGACCAGGAGAUCGGUCUUGAGUUCCUCGGCUCAGUGCGCGUGGUGCAAGAGGUGGACGGCGAAGCUGGAGUUGAGCUUCCUUGCAGCAGUGUCCAGUGCUUUGUCAUAGGAAGUGAUGGUGAAAGUGAUCAGCCUUUUGCCGUGGACUUGACAGCAGAUGGUAGCGGUGAGUUUGCUGAUGGCUUUGUUCAUGUUCGUGCUGUUGCUGCAGACCCAAGUCUUCAUGAAGUGAUCUUGGACAGUGGAGCUGAUUGCACCGUCUUGCCCAUCGAUUCGUUCUCAGAUGUAGGACCACCGGCCAUGGAAGUUAGGUUGGUGCUCGAGAUCUCCGACGACUUGCAGGUCCACGCACAGGCCCCAGGACCACACUUCUUUGCCGCGGUGAUCGUAGGUCCCGAACCCGAGGAAGUCGCUGAAGAAGCUGGCGGCGAAGCAGCAGACGAUCCUGGAGAAGCUGAGCGUGAAGGAGAUGUUGCAAUGCUUGGUCCCUCUCCUGUUGAGGUUGUAGGGGAUGAUGAGGAAGUGUUGGUUGUGAACGGCGCGCGCUUAACAGAACUUAGUCCUCUUCGUGAACUUCGUUUGGGGUGUCGCUUUCUUGGCAUUUCAAAGAACGGCUCAAAAGCAGCAGUUUGGCAGCGCCUGAAGAAGGAGGUAGCACACAACAAGUUGCAGUUGGAGGUUGCAGCGUCUGAAGCGGUGAGAGCAGAGUUUUCCCGAGAUCCUGUAAUGCAAGCACGGCCCGCUCCUCCUAGCCCUGAGCUUGUUGAACUUCAUGAAGUCACCCACCUUCCUCGUGCUGAUUGGUGUGAAGCCUGCAUUGCGGCCCGGAGCCGUGAAGACAAUUACGAUGCAGCCGGUCCCAAACGUGAGUUUCCAGUGAUUUCCUUAGAUUUCAUGUUCGUGAAGACCGAUGGAGAGGAAGCUCCACUUGCCACUCAUCUUGUCUGUGUUGACUCGCAGUCGAAGUACGUCGUGGCAGUUGCAUUGGCCUCAAAAGGUGGCAAAACUUUGAAGCACGCUGUUGAGGAGGUGGUUGGUAUGUUGACGGUUCUCGGCUAUGCCAAGGUGAUUUUGCGCUAUGACACAGAGCCGGCCAUGAAGCAGUUAGUGAAUUCCAUUGUAGCCGUGCGUUCGAAGAACAAUUUGGCCACAGAGUUGGAGCCUGUGGGCCCCGAUUCCUCGGCGCAUGGAGCUCUUCGCUCUGAGCGCUACCACCAGACGGUGCGAAACCUUGGGAAUUGUCUUCUGAAGACAAUAGAGCAGCGUACAGGGCACAAAGCGGAGACUUGGAGCCCUCUUCAUUCCUGGGCAUAUGUGCAUGCAGCCUUCUUGGUUACGCGCUUCCAUGUGCACAAGGACGGCUGCACGUCCCACGAGCUGGUUCAUGGGCCCCCGAAAGCUUAUGAUGUUGAGCUGUUGAAGACCAUGCGGGGAACUCCUUAUGACUUCUUGCUUGAUGUGGUUCCGGUUCGAAAGAAGAAAGUGGACAAAGAGAGGCUGCCGCUCCUUGUUGAAGUAGCUCCUCCUGCUCUUGUGGCAGCUGAGGAACCUGCAGUGAUCGGUCCCGGUGAUGAGGCUGCCAGUGAUCCUCCUUCCUCAGAGGCUGGCGGUGGGGCUGGAUCGUUGAGUAUCAGCCUUCCUGGCCAGUCUUCUGGAACGAGCUCCUCCUCUUCUGCAGAGCUUAUUCCUGCGGCCAUGGACGUUGACGGUGCCAACCAGGUUGCCGAAGAAGGAGAAGAUGAAGUUGUUUCGGCCGAGGGGGGACUCCCCACAGGCCACUUUGAGGAAGAAGGUUUCAGAGAUGUUCCUCAAGAUUGGGGUGAUAUCUUUGAUCAGACCUGGGAAAUUGAGGGUGUCCUUCAAGAAGCUGAGCGAAGGAAAUAUGAGGAAGGGCCUCCUGUCCUUGAUGAUGAUGCUCUUGCUGCCUUGGACGCGGAGAUGGAUGAAGUGGAGAUUCAGCGGCUCUUAGGGAUGAAGGUCCUUGAGGAAGUCGGCCCCGAUGAGGAUUUGAGUGACAUGUAUCGCCUUGGCUGCAAGAACGUCAGAGAUUGGAGAUUUCGCAAUGGUUGGGUGCGAAGGUCGCGCCUAGUCGCGAAGGAGUUUCGGUUCCUUCAACCAUUCAUGGAGAACCUCUACAGCCCA